AUGUCUUCGGCCUCAAGCUCUUCCCAAGUUGGCAAGCGCAAGAGAACGGGUGCCGGGGCCGGGGCCGGGGCCGUCGACUCUGCUGCACAGCUUCUCGACGGCGCGCAGCAGACGUCGUCUCGCGACGCCUCCGGCGAGGAGGGCGACACGACCGCCCCGGAGUCCGGUCGCCCUCAUCGGCGAAUCUCCAAUGACCACUCCCACGACCCGGGGGAGCCGAGCGACACCACCGAGGCCAGCGUCGACAUUGCCGAGCGCGUCGGCCGCAAGGGCCGCAAGCUCACCCUCAAGGACAUUGAGGAGGUUGAGAAGAUGGAGGCCAUGCCGCCACCGCCCAUGGGCAAGUUGACGCACCCGGCCGGCGGCUUCAAGACCAACUCACCCCCGGUUGGACGAGCCGUGAGGGUGUACGCCGACGGUGUCUUCGACCUGUUCCAUCUCGGGCACAUGCGCCAGCUCGAGCAAGCCAAGAAUGCUUUCCCCAACACGACGCUCGUCGUCGGAGUCACGGGCGACAACGAGACACACAUGCGCAAGGGCCUGACCGUCUUGUCUGCCAAGGAACGGGCCGAGACGGUCCGGCACUGCAAGUGGGUGGACGAGGUGAUUGAAGAUUGCCCGUGGGUCGUGACGCCCGAAUUCCUCGAGGCCAACCGUCUCGACUACGUUGCCCACGACGACCUCCCGUACGGAGCGGCCGAGGGCGAUGACAUUUACCAACCAAUAAAGGAGGCAGGCAAGUUCCUUGUCACUCAGCGGACCGAGGGUGUCAGCACGACGGGCCUCAUUACACGAAUCGUGCGCGACUACGAGAAAUACAUUACCCGGCAGUUCAAGCGCGGAACCCCCCGACAGGAGCUCAAUGUCAGCUGGCUCAAGAAGAAUGAACUGGACCUGAAGCGUCAUGUCCAGGAUUUGCGGGAUAACAUCAUCACCAACUGGACAACGACGGGCCAGGAGCUUAGCCGAGAGCUGAAACAAUUUUGGCCUGCGAGCCGGCCACAGAGCCCUGCUCGAUUCAACUCGUCGAGCGGCGACUUGGCAAGGUCGCCCACCAGCUCCACGGGCGGCCCCGGAAACUCCAAGGAGUUCAUCACGGGCUACGCCCUCGGCCUCGUGGGAGGCGUACGAACAUGGAUGACCAAGAACCGGAGGACCGUGGCGGACAGCCGUCCCGUCAGUGAUGAUGAAUCGGACGAGAGCGAGGAACGCCGGAAGUCGGUGCCUAACCUGGCUGUGCCCACCCCAACGAGGGCUUGA